AUGGGUUUGCUUGAUUUCAUUAGAGGACUUAGAAAAUCUGACAAGGAGGCUCGUAUCUUGAUUUUAGGUCUGGACAACAGCGGAAAGACUUGCUCCUUGAAGUGUUUGGCUGGAGAGAAGGAUGAAAUUUCUACUGUCAUGCCUACCCAAGGGUUCAAUAUUAAAUCAGUGCAAACUGGAAACGUGAAACUCAAUGUUUGGGAUAUCGGAGGUCAAAAGGCCAUCAGACCAUACUGGCCAAAUUAUUACAAGAAUGCCGAUGCCAUCAUUUACGUCGUGGAUUCAACCGAUAGAAAUCGUUUCGAAGAGGCUGGAUACGAACUUGAUUGUUUGUUAAAAGAUGAAAAUCUAGCUGGAAUUCCAUGUCUUGUUUUCGCCAACAAGCAAGAUAUUCCUCUAAUUGCUGCCUCCGCUGGAGAAAUUGCUAAAGUGUUGAAUUUGCAUGCUAUCAAGGGCAGAGACUGGCACAUUCAAGCAUGCAGUGCUAAGACCGGAGCUGGACUCGACGAAGGAGUUCAAUGGGUACUUGGAAAACUUGAUCUUAUGGAUUCCAAGUAA